AUGGACGCCCACACGACCCCCUGGGAGACGCUUGCCGGCAUAAGGCGCUCAGAUGUACGUGAUGAGCCGCCGUCAAACCCUCGCCGAGCCCCGCCAAGCCUCCAGCAGCAAGUGGCGAUAGCGGUAGUGGAGGGAGGUAUGCAGACCACUCCUACACACUCCACACUCAUACCCUCCCCCACAUCUCCUCCACACCCUCCCACUGGAACUAAUCCCAGUGAUAAGCCGGAGCAUCUGCCAACCCAACAGGUUCCUCGAGCAGCCACCGUUACUCCAGACCUCCCACGACCCUCCAAAUUGACACGCCCCUAUGACCUUCUCACCAAGGCACCCACCCACGCCCUACCGUUCCUCAAGCGUCACGCCACGACUCUGGUUCUUAAUAGGCAGAACCGCCCCCAAGGACCUCACCUCGACUCCACAACCCUCUCGGAGUCUGCACCUCAUCUCGCCCCCUCAGAAUCCUCAAGCACCUCUCUUCCUGUCGCCACCCACACCCACACCAGCCUCCUCACGUACUCGAACCGUCGUGCCGAUGAUUGCCUGCAGACCUCUAGACACCCCGACAGACAAGCAAAGUUCAAGACCAAUCCAUCACGCCUCCCCACACCCGCGAUGACACACGCACUCCCUACACACCGCGGAGGGUCCGACCACGACCACCACCACCAUUAA